ACGAAAAACUAAAGCUUCUUCUGUGAGCUGAUUUCCUGCGCUCUCGAAAAAAUCUCGUCACAGCCUCUCACACAACUUUUCUCCUCAGUUUCCGUGCGUCUGUCUCGUCCCCACGCGUGGACGAUGGUGCGGGACGACACGUAAAAACCUCGCGGGGAGGAGCGUGUCACGUUUACACAUCGCCUUACGUCGUGAAGGAUGAUGAAUAAUUACGUGUUCAUCAGGGUCGUUGGUAAAGGUAGCUAUGGAGAGGUGAACCUGGUGACACAUAAAUCUGACCGAAAACAGUAUGUCAUCAAGAAGCUGAAUUUAACCACCUCCUCCAAACGGGAGCGACGUGCUGCAGAGCAGGAGGCGCAGCUUCUGUCCCAGCUGCGACAUCCUAACAUCGUGACGUACAAGGAGUCCUGGGAAGGAGAUGACCGCCAGCUGUACAUUGUGAUGGGUUUUUGUGAGGGCGGUGACCUCUACCAUAAACUCAAACAGCAGAAGGGGGAACUCCUGCCUGAGAAGCAGGUGGUGGAGUGGUUUGUCCAGAUAGCCAUGGCUCUCCAGUACCUACAUGAGAGGAACAUUCUCCAUCGGGACCUGAAAACACAGAACAUUUUCCUGACAAAAAACAAUAUUAUUAAAGUCGGGGACCUCGGCAUUGCGCGAGUGUUGGAGAACCAGAAUGACAUGGCCAGCACACUGAUAGGGACUCCAUACUAUAUGAGUCCUGAGCUCUUCUCUAAUAAACCUUAUAACCACAAGUCAGAUGUUUGGGCCUUGGGUUGCUGUGUUUAUGAAAUGUCUACACUCAAACAUGCCUUCAACGCCAAGGACAUGAACUCGCUGGUUUAUCGAAUAGUUGAAGGAAAGCUGCCUCAGAUGCCCAGUAGAUAUGAUUCUCAGCUGGGAGAUUUGAUCAAGAGCAUGUUGUGUAAGAGGCCUGAAGACAGACCUGACGUCAAACUUAUCCUACGGCAGCCUUACAUCAAAAAACAAAUCGCCAUGUUCCUUGAGGCCACCAAAGAAAAAACUGCCAAGUCGAGAAAGAAAGCUGUGACUGUCAGUGGUGACAGUAGAGUCAACUGUGAAUCCGUGUCUGCGGCGUCAGUUCAGCCAAAACCUGAGAGGCAGCCACCAAGUCCUCAGUCAGAACCUCAUGUCAGGGUGAAACGGAGAGAAGAGAAACAGCAUCAUAAAGUCUCUAACGGCAUCACCGACUGCACUCCAGUCCAAAAACCUCCGCCGCCCAAACCCCCUUCACCUGACGCAGCUCUCCACUGCAGCUCUGUAUCCAUGGCGACUGUCAGCAACAUCAAUAUUGAUGUCCCGCAGCAGGAGAGUGAGAGGCCGACGCAGAAGCCGCCGACAAUUGUGCCGCGCCACCGCGCAGUAAAUGAUCACGGGACUCACGGCGCGCACAAAGACACCAAAGGAAGAGGGAAACCGGAUCCUUCUCCGUCUCGAUCACCUGCCAAACCUCCAUCGAUGUCUGUAUCAGGUGUUAACAGCAGAGCAGCAGAUGAGAGACAAGCGCCCAACGGAUCGUUAGACAUUCGGCCAAAGGCCACAUCGAGGCCUGGGGAUACUUUUCCCGUCUUUGUGGAGAAGCAGAUGUCAGAUGUGGAUGAUAAGGAUGAUACCAUGGAAUUACUUCAAGGGGCUGAAAUGCAGGAGCCAGAGCUAGAAGUGGAGAAAGGAGCUGCUUUUUCCCCGACACACAAAUCUAAUGCAGAAAACAGUAGCAUAGUGGUGGAGGAAGCCAAUGUUAUGGACGAUAAAAAGGACACACUUACCAUUUUCAAGGGAACUCCAGCACUGCACAUACUUACCUCAGACAUUCAAAACUUGGAAUCCACAGAAAAGCUGUUAGAGCCAUUUACUCCAGCACUGGAACCUGAGAUGGAGGAAACUCCACAACAGUUUUCAUUAGAGCCCUCUAUGUCACACUCUAAAGCUGCUGCUCCUAGACCUUUACCUCCACCUCCUGCACAGACCACGGCCGUGGAAGCGAGGAAGAAGAACAAGAGGAACAUAGAGAGCAAAAAAACUGACGUGGCAGUCACCUCUGCUUCAGUGAACUCCUGUAAGAAGGGAUUAUUCCUACUGCCACAGGAUCGUCCUUUGUCUGCCAGAGAGAGGAGGAGGCUGAGACAAUCCCAAGAGAGUCCCUGUCAACCAGCUUUGUCCUCAGGUGUCGAUGUUGUGAGACGAGCGUCUUAUGACGUCUCUUCCACCAAGACUGAGCACUCCCUUUACCAUCCAUUUACCAGAUCUGUGUCAGACAUAAUGACUGGGAGCAACACUAAGCAGGAGAAGUCGGAGCAAAGGUCGGACGAUGAUGAAUGCAGCUCAUCCACGAGCUCCACCGAGCGUUCAGAGGGAGACUGCAGAGAGAGGAAAACUGAAUCCUGCGAGAUGCAGGACUUAGUCCACAUGAUGACCCAGACUUUGAGAAUGGAUGUCGGAGAUCAUGUGAACGAAGUGGACAAAGGCAGAUUUGGCUCGACUGCGUUGCCUGAGUUUAAACUGAACAGGAAGUACAGGGACACCCUGGUGCUUCAUGGGAAGACUCGAGAGGAAGCAGAGAACUUCUCACUUGGUGAAAUACCAAUGGACGGCUCCACCUCUGGACCAGCCAAGAUCAGGAGAGCAAUAGAACAGCUGAGGACGGACGUGGUGAAAGGGCUCGGGGUCAAACUGCUGGACAGAGUGCUGGAAAUCAUGGAAAAGGAGGAGGAGGAUGACACUAAACGAGAACUGCGCCUUCGUGACCAGAUGGGGGACGAGAAGUACCAAGCGUAUGCUGUGAUGGUCAGGCAGCUAAAAUUCUUUGAGGAUAUCGCCUUCAAAGUUUAGAGAAGGCUGGCAUGAACAUGAGGACACACUUCACUUUUGCAUUUUGUUGAUAUUACGUGUGAGAAGGAGGCAAUCAUUUUCACAGUUCUUACAUGACAGAAUAAAUUGAAACUUGGAUGUGUAUGUGGGGGGGGGAUUUCAGAAACCAAUCCUUGUGCAUGUAAAAUGAUGUAAAUUUCCUUCACUGUAUCACAGUACAGACAUGUUGCCUACACCCUUCAGGAUGCCUAUGCAAUGACUUAAGUCAUGUUACAGCACUUGGACUUUCUACUUGCUGAAUAUUCAUUUAUUUAUCAUGCAAGACAGAAUCUCAAUAACUGAUUCACCCGUUAUUUUUUUACGGCCUCACUUAGGUCUAUUGUAUUUUCUUACACACAAAUAUUGUAAUGUAGAUUAAUUGUAGAUAUUAACAUUUUAAUUUGUAUUAAAUACUCAAUUUUU